CACACACAUACACACACACACCAUCAUCAUCACUCCUCCUCCUCCUCUCCUCUCCCCAGCCCCUCCCUUUCCGUCUCUGCUCGCCUCUAUCCUCUUCAGCCUUGCCUGCCUGUCAGAAAGGUACUCCAGUAUUGGAGGCUAGGCUACCCUCCUCCUGGACCCCGUACGAGAGCCAGCCACCGUCGUACCCCAAGGCUCGGGCUCCCCGCUCACGGCUCCAACCAUGGCAACCACCGCUACAUCCACCAGGUUUACCGACGAGUAUCAGCUGUACGAGGAGCUCGGGAAGGGAGCUUUUUCAGUGGUGCGUAGGUGUGUAAAGAAGUCAUCAGGACAGGAAUAUGCUGCAAAAAUCAUCAACACUAAGAAGCUGUCUGCAAGAGACCAUCAGAAACUUGAGAGAGAGGCUCGCAUCUGCCGUCUCCUGAAGCACCCCAACAUCGUAAGACUCCAUGACAGCAUUUCAGAGGAAGGCUUCCAUUACCUCGUCUUUGACCUGGUGACAGGAGGAGAGCUGUUUGAAGACAUUGUAGCCAGGGAGUACUACAGUGAGGCGGAUGCCAGUCAUUGCAUUAGUCAGAUCUUGGAGAGUGUCAAUCAUAUCCACCAGCAUGAUAUUGUGCACAGGGACCUCAAGCCUGAGAACCUGCUGUUGGCCAGCAAGAUGAAGGGAGCUGCAGUGAAGCUGGCAGACUUCGGCCUUGCCAUUGAAGUGCAGGGAGACCAACAGGCUUGGUUUGGGUUUGCAGGCACCCCCGGCUAUCUCUCCCCUGAAGUCCUGAGGAAGGACCCCUACGGCAAGCCUGUGGAUAUAUGGGCUUGUGGUGUUAUCCUCUACAUCUUGUUAGUGGGGUAUCCUCCAUUCUGGGAUGAAGAUCAACACAAACUCUAUCAGCAGAUCAAAGCUGGAGCAUAUGAUUUCCCAUCACCUGAGUGGGACACGGUGACUCCAGAGGCAAAGAAUCUGAUCAACCAGAUGUUGACCAUUAACCCAGCCAAGAGAAUCACUGCCGAACAGGCCCUCAAACACCCGUGGGUCUGCCACCGCUCUACAGUGGCUUCCAUGAUGCACAGGCAGGAAACUGUCGAGUGUCUCCGCAAGUUCAAUGCUCGCCGAAAACUCAAGGGAGCCAUUCUCACCACCAUGCUGGUGUCCAGAAACUUCUCAGUGGGCCGGCAGCAUACCAACUCUGCUGCUGCCGCCUCCUCCACGGCCUCACUGGCUCAGGAAGCAUGCAAAAGUUUACUCAACAAGAAGUCAGAUUCUGCUAAGCCUUCUACCAACAACAGUAAGAACAGUAUAGUGAGCGCCAUCAAUGCCCUGAAAGACACCAACAUGGCAACCAACGCCCAGAUGGAAUCUCAGAGCACAGUGGUGCACAACCCUCCUGAUGGAGUCAAGGGAUCGACGGAGAGCAAUGCCACCAACGACGAGGAGGAAAUGAAAGGUAGGAAAGCGGACAGUUCGGCGCUGAGUCAGAGCAGCGCCACAGAGGAGAUGCCCCCACUUCUGCCCUCACCUCAAAGCUCACCUGCCAUUCCACCGCAUGACGUAAAGCGCAUGGCAUGGAACAGCACAGGCAACAGCUCCUGCCCUGACUCUGAGCUCUCGCAGUCCUCCAUGCCUGCCGCUCCACUAGGGAGCAACACUGUCGCUGCUAUAAACAACACUAAGCAGACUCGUAAACAGGAGAUCAUCAAGAUAACAGAGCAGCUGAUUGAAGCGAUCAACAAUGGAGACUUCGAUGCCUACACGAGGAUUUGCGAUCCUGGACUCACCUCUUUUGAACCCGAGGCCCUGGGGAACCUGGUGGAGGGCAUGGACUUUCACAAGUUCUACUUUGACAACUUGCUCAGCAAGAACAGCAAGCCCGUGCACACCACCCUGCUCAACCCACACGUGCACCUGAUCGGCGAGGACGCUGCGUGCAUCGCCUACAUUCGGCUCACACAGUUUGUGGACGCCACAGGCCGCCCGCGAUCCAGCCAAUCGGAGGAGACCAGGGUGUGGCAUCGCCGCGACAGCAAGUGGCUCAAUGUUCACUUCCACUGCUCAGGAGCGCCUGCUGCACCACUACAGUGAUCAGUGGUCCUGAGCCUCCAGUCUACUGGAGUGUGUGUUUUGGGGGGCAGUUUUUUUCAGCGAGUGUGUUUCAGAGGCACGUUCUCUGCGUGGAUUGGCUAGUGCCAGGAGCCCGGCCGGGCGAGAUCGCAUCCCUCUCCACGAUACCAACCAAUCCUGUCCCCCCUUUGACCUGCUGGGGGCCGGCUGAACACAAGACACCGCCCCCAUGGGAUGAUGCAUGCAUCUGGCGCCUGAUUGGAGGGCGCGUCUUUGCCCUCUAUCCCUCCCCUGGCAGCCAUCUUUUUUCUGCCCGCGCGAGAUGAGACGUCCUGCGUGAGGAGAGGAUUUACAGUUGAACUUGUGACAGUUUAUGAGUAUGAGUUAUGAAUAUGCUGUGUAAAUUAUGACUAGAUGUACCAGAAACCACCAAAACCCAACCAAGCAUUUAUAUUCACUAUCUAACAAGGGACGAAACAGAAGAGAGUUUGAGGUUAGCAGCUGAGAUUUCGGACGCAUUUUUUUGGCAUUCUAGGGAAUACCGGGUCUAAAGUGUUGUGCUCGUUACCCGGACGUUGGUGUAAAGACGUAGGGAGGGAUUUUCCUCAGCUGAAUUGUAGGGGGAAAAAAAAAACAGUCAAGUCGGCUCAGUCAGAGAACUUGAUGACGAGAGAAACUUGAUAUCAAAAACAUGAAGCACCAAAGUGUAGAACUUUAGGCUUUUUGUGUGUUUAUGUGUUUUUGUUUGUGUGCUUGUUUUCCGACCGAACGGAAAAAAAAAAUCGUGUUAUUGUGGGAUUUCGGUGGGAGGGAGGGAGGGAGGGUGGGGGAUGAUGUCUGAUUUGAGGUCAUGUGUUUUGUUGUGUUUUUAGCGUCCUGUUCCUUUUCUUGCGUUCCUGUGAACAAGCGGAGCCUCUUCGUUUCUCUUUGUUUGGUUUUUAUUUGCGUCUGGCUGAUCCUGUAUUCGAGGCUCCUUUUUUUUUUAAAAUCAGCUGAGUUUUUAAAAAGAGGGAUUUUAUUGUGCAAGUUUAAAGCUAACCUGCGCGUGUUAGCACAUUCUGCUGUGUCUGUAUGCAGUGGAGGGAGAGAGCAGGCCGGGAAUGGCGUCCGCGUUUUGCAUGUUUGCCCGCCGCCUCUCCCUCAUCCAACCUUCCCCAAAAUCUGUCCUUUUCUUCUCUCUCUUAAACCUCUUUUAACGGUCCCUCCCUCCCACUCGUUUUCUCUGUAAUUCUGCAAGGGCCUGGUUUGUUUAUAAUCACUGUGUAAAUACAGUGUAUGUAUAGAUAUAUGUAGAAAAGUGUAAUAUAUGUACAUGUAUCUAAGAGACACUCAUCCUGUGCAUCUGGGCAUGACCUGUGAUCCCAGUCUAGUUCUCCUCACCGAUUUCAAUUGCUUCAGUUCUCCUCCUCGAACUACUUCCUUACAAUAUUGGUAGGUCUGGAUGAUUCACAACAAAACAUGUGGGCCACCAUCUCCAGUCCCGUGGCCGUAAGACUGUUUAGAGACUGGGAAUUAAAAUAAAUAAAUAAAUAUAACAGGUUGAGAAUAGUCUGACCCAACAAGACUCUGAGUUUUUAAACAUGAAGACCUUCAUCAUAGUGUCCUUAACUCCUGAUCCCACAAUGCUGUGAGCCAUCUCUUCAUAUCAUAUGCACACACACACACACACACACACGCCUGGUGGUGUGUUUAGGCUUUGUAACAUAUCUUGCACCACUGCUGUGUGACCGCGGUGCCACCCUUGCUGUGCUGCUUAAUUGUCUCCAUCCAUCCGCGACAGUCGUAUCUUAACCCCCUCCACCCUGCGUGUACCAACGAGUCCCUACUCGAGAUGUUUAUUUGUACCUCUCUGUUGUUUCUCUGUUCUCGUGUUACUGGUUUGAGGUUUUUUGUUAUUUUUCUUUUUGUUUUGUUUUCUUUUUGUCGUCGCCGUUGCUGUUAACUUGUCGUUUGGUAAGUUGCCGAUCUGCCAAGCUGGAGUUCUGCACUCUUCCCUCGCACACGGGAAAAUUUAAAAACAAAGAAAAAAUAUUUAAAAAAAAAAAAUUUGAAAAGAGAGAGGAAAGACAACACAAAAUUACAGAUUGAGUGAUCAUAGAUUAUUAAAUGACUAAAUUAUUUAUUAGUGUAAUCUACCCUUGGUGGUUUUAAAUCGUGCCUGCUCAGCUGAGAGGAGUUUUGGAAGCCAGAGAAAGAGUUGGUCUGCUGAACCGGAGCGGGAGACCUCGUUAUAUGCAUGUUUCAGUUACGCAUUUCUACCAUGUACCUACCUGAAUACGGAUGGAGCUAGUGUUAAUAUAUGAUAAUUGCAUCUUUUGAAAUAAGAAUUUCCUCCGUCCAGAAUGUUGAAUAGGUGACAUGAAAAAUACAAAAAAAAGCAAAAAAUUUUUUCUCUUUAAAAACAAAAAAAAAAACAACAAAAACACACAAAAAAAAAUGGAUUCAGGAGCCGUAGCUUGGUAUGAGGCCCUCGAUGUUAGCGUUUUCCCUGCGUUGUAAUGAUAUACUAUUGGGCUGCGCUUUCUCCCCCAGCCUUCACAUGGAUGCUGGAGUUUUUUUGCAUGAUCAUGAUGUACAAUGAAAUACAACCAUGAAUUGACGACUAUCAAGUGUUUGUCUGAGUGUUAGUUGGUCUUCAUCAUAACUUUGUUAUUCUUCGAACUUGGAUCUUGAAAGUAUUUAAUAAAAAUACUAUUUCAGCACUG